CACGCCAUGGUGUUGGGAACGUGUCCCUCUGCAGACAGGAUGCAGGUCUGACCUGCUGGAGGAUGGAGUGAGUCCCUGCAGGAAAUUCUUCAAUGCAAAUCAAACAUUUGCACAAUCACAGGAUCGUGUGGUGGAAUCACGCUGACCCGUGCUGGAUGAGUGAUGGGAGCUGAUUUUUGCGUUCGUGGAGGAGAGUGAAAGUGACUGUUUGGCGCGCGUGGGGGAGGGGAGAGAGAGAUAGGGGGAGAGAGAGAGGCAGGUGGAAAGGGGGAGGGCCGGGGGGUGGUCCAGACAGUCGGUCCUUGUGUCGCUCUACCUCACACGCUCAGCCUGUGAAGAGGACUCCGUCCGUGCGUCCGUCGGCCGCUCUCCGCGCGCGCUCUCCCCGCCUGGCCGCUCAACAACACCGUCACUCCGGCUCUCCCCGUUCACCAGCCGCCGAACUUCAACGCCAUCAGAGGGGAGAAUGGGACGCGUUCAUUCCCUCCUGACCGGGGAAGCGACUGAGGACUAAUCGGAGGAAACAGCAGCAGAAACGGCGCUCUGCGCGGCACCAGAAACUAACCAGCGAGCUCCAGGAGCCUGGGAUCCCUCACCAGCGAGCUCCAGGAGCCUGGGAUCCCUCCGUGACAUUGUCUGGCUUUAUUCUGGGCUUUCAAAGGAGGACCUGGAGAAGACGCAUGUGUCUAGAUGAAGUGGUUCAGCCAUGCAAUGUUCCUGGAAGUCAGUGAUUCUGCUGGCCUUAGCCUCCAUUGCCAUCCAGUACACAGCUAUCCGGACACUUACCUCCAAGCCGUUCCAGCUCUGCCCACUGCCCAGCCCCCAGAACUGCGGUGUCGGGGCUCAGGAGACAGACCCAUCCUUUGAGCGAGGAACAGCAGGAGGGGGAGGUUGUGACGACUACUCCUACUUCACAGUUAACUCCACCCGAAAACUGCACAUUCUAGUCUUAGCCACCACACGAAGUGGAUCCUCCUUCGUCGGCCAGCUGCUGAAUCAGCACCAGGAUAUAUUCUACCUGUUCGAACCCCUUUUUCACGUGUACGCCACAUUGGUUCCACGUCAGUCACACACUCGCAAUCCAGCAGAGCGGCGUGUGACUUUAGGUGCCAGUCGAGACCUUCUUCGUAGCCUGUAUGGCUGUGACCUGUACUUCUUGGAAAACUACAUCAAACCCACUCCUUCAAAUCACACCACAGACAAGCUGUUCCGUCGCGGCGCCAGCCGGGCCCUGUGCCAGCAACCUGUGUGCGAUGCCUUCGGUCCUAGUGAUCUAAACGUGGAAGAAGGAGAUUGUGUAAAGAAAUGCACAACUCUAAACAUGACCCUAGCGACUGAAGCGUGCCAGGAGAAGCGGCAUGUUGCCAUCAAAGUUGUUCGGGUACCAGAGAUUGGGGAUCUCAGAGCUCUGGUUGAAGAUCCUCGACUGAAUAUUAAAGUAAUUCAGCUAGUCAGAGACCCUCGUGGCAUCCUGUCAUCACGGAUUGAGACGUUCAGGGACCCAUAUCGUCUGUGGCGCAUUUGGAGGGCCACGGGGAGGAGGCCCUAUAAUCUAGACCUGAAUCAGCUCACAGUUAUUUGUGAAGACUUUUCCAGCUCAGUUUCCACGGGUUUGAGCCACCCCCAUUGGCUUAAAGGGAAAUACAUGGUGGUUCGAUACGAGGAUUUGGCUCGAAAUCCACUUCUCAAGACACAGGAGAUGUAUGACUUCCUGGGAUUGUCUAUGGAUAAAAAUGUGAAACACUGGAUACGUACAAACACUCAAGGCAGCAAUGAGCCUUCAGCUAAACACAAGUUUGGCACAGUGAGGGACUCGGCAGCGAACGCAGAAAGUUGGCGUUUGAAACUAUCUUAUGACAUUGUAGAUUUCACGCAAACAGUUUGUCAGAAGGUACUUAAUCAGUUGGGAUACAAGGCUGUGAAGUCAGUCGACGAACUGAAAAAUAUGUCCUUCUCGCUGGUACAGGACAAAGCCUUUGUACCGUUUUUGUAACAAAGAUAGUUCUUUAAUGACUAUUUUUGAUAUAUUUAUAACUGUUGCCUUAUGAAGUCCUUGGUUCAUUUCAUUUCCAUGGUUUUGUUUGUUGAAGAUUUGCACUAAAUGAAGUGAAUGCAUCACAGAAAGAAAGCAGGGGUGAGUCCCUUUUGAAACUACAGCACAUUAUCAAAAGAAGCUAUCCAUCAAUUCACAAAUACUAUUGUUUUGUUCCCGAUGAGUAGAAUCAGUUCCAGGCAGUUUGAUCAUUUAUCUUCUGUAUGCAAAACACUAUCUCUGCAGAGUUAAAAAUAUAUGAUCUUAAAACCAGGAGUCAGAAGGGAUUCCAAAAAGCCGACAUGUUUUUUUUUCUUUUCAUAUAUUUUUUUUCUUUGAGAUCUGUGAUGGCGAAUUUCAACUGUACAAGAUCUAUUGUGCAAUAAAUGGUGAAUGUCGCAGUCAA